AUUACAGAGCUCCGAUCUUAGCGCAACGUAGUUAUCAUUAGCAAUAUUUUUGAAAGAUUUCGUUGAAGACGGAAUCAUGCGAGUAGUCUACCAACUGCUGUUAUGGGUAUUUGUUUUCUGCCGUUACACAAUACAAGAAGAAAGCUGCCGCGAUGACCUUGGAAUGGGAAGUAAAGGAAUACCAGACGAGAGUAUUACAGCAUCGUCUUCAAAUAGUGCAGAUGAAUCCCCUCAGUUUGCACGUUUGGACGGAAAAAAUGCCUGGUGCUCUGCGCCAAAGGACAAAUUGCCAUACAUACAAAUCAAACUGGUCAAUAGCAAGUCAAUAACUGGUAUAACAACUCAAGGAAGCUAUUCUGAUUGGGCGUGGGUAACAAAAUAUGAAGUCGAGUAUUUGGAAAAAGGAACUUGGAAACACUACCACAAGGAAUUUGAAGGCAACAAUAAUGUCAAUGGUUUGAAGUCGAACACCUUAGAUCCUCCAAUCAGAACACAGUCGAUUAGAAUCUAUCCUAAGGAUCCAGUGAUGUUGAAUGGCACCGAUCCUAAACCCUGCUGCCUAAGAUUAGAGCUGUAUGGAUGUUCUGCACCAGGUAUCAUUUGAAGAUCGCCUCAACGGCAUGCAUUUUAUUUUCAAGUCAAAUAAGUUUUCGGUGUAAUUGCUAGGUAUUGUCUUGGAUGAUUAGUGCUACUAUUUAGCUCGCAAAUUGCUUCCGUUCUCGCUCAUAGGGUAUGUUUUUAGACAAUUGCUAUUACUUUCAUUUUUUGUAUUUUGCAAUUUUUAGCAUCUUGCUCUGACCUUGGUAGUCCAUUACACGGGAUAACCAUUGGAAGUGUUUUUGAACACGAUUCAGUCGUAAACUUCCAAUGUUUUUCCAAGUCGUAUGGCAGCUUUCUUUUUUUUUCCCCUUUUUUAAAGU